CCACACGAGCCUCCGGCUCUGCAACCCUCAACUCUGGUAUUUGCGAGUGCCUCGAGCUAAGCCCCGCCCUCCUUCCCGGUGACUGGUCGGCCGUCCAUUUCCUCCCCGGCGACACCCUCUCUGACAAGCACCACCAUCAACCAAUGGGGCGCAGCAGAACCUUGUGCCACGCCCUCCCAUGCCCGUUGGAGGCGGGCAUGGGCGGGCCGUUGAAGGGGUGGGGCAUGGAGCCUGGUAACCGUUGCCGGUAACAACGCCCCACCCCGUUGGGCGGGAGGGCGGCGCGAGGCGGGCAGCCGGAGCGAGGAGGAGCAGCAGCCGCUGCCGCCACCGCCGCCGCCAUAGAGACUGUAGCCGUGGAGACUGUUACUUACCAACGGGGACCAACACGCAGCAGCCGCUGCAGCCGCCGCCGCAGCCGCCGCCGGGGGAGCCGCUGCCUGAACUCCCGGCCAGAACUCCAGAACUGAGCAUGCAGAGUUCAGAGGGAGCAGCGGACUCGCCAGCUUCUGUGGCUCUGUGUUCCUCAUCGGCCGCCCAGACACCUGUGGCCCAGCCCGUGCCAGCCUCCCCGCAGAGGGUGCUGGUCCAGGCAGCGGGCUCGGCUUCCAAAGGGUCCCAGAUGCAGCCAAUCUCCCUCCCCAGAGUCCAGCAGGUGCCACAGCAGGUCCAGCCCGUGCAGCACGUGUACCCACCCCAAGUGCAGUAUGUGGACGGCGCGGACACUGUCUACACCAACGGAGCCCUGCGGACGGCCUAUGCCUACAACCCGGAGCCUCCGAUGUACGUCUCGAGCAGCGCGGCAUCCUACUUCGAGGCCCCGGGCGACGCCCAGGUGACCGUGGCAGGCUCCUCCCCGCCGACAGUCCCCUCGCACAGCAUGGUGGGCAUCGCCAUGGAUGUUGGCGGAAGCCCCAUCGUCUCCAGCGCGGGAGCCUAUCUCAUCCAUGGGGGGAUGGACAGCACCAGACACGCCCUGGCCCACACUUCGCGGUCGUCACCAGCGACGCUUGAAAUGGCGAUUGAAAACCUCCAAAAAAGCGAAGGGAUCACAUCACACAAAAGCGGUUUACUCAACAGCCAUCUCCAGUGGCUGUUGGAUAAUUACGAAACCGCCGAAGGCGUCAGCCUGCCCCGAAGCUCCCUGUACAACCAUUACCUCCGGCACUGCCAGGAGCACAAGCUGGACCCUGUGAACGCCGCCUCCUUCGGGAAACUGAUUCGCUCCGUGUUUAUGGGCCUGCGGACGCGGCGGCUGGGCACCAGGGGCAACUCCAAGUACCAUUACUAUGGGAUCCGUCUGAAGCCGGACUCACCCCUGAACCGGCUGCAGGAGGACACCCAGUACAUGGCCAUGCGGCAGCAGCCCGUGCAUCAGAAACCGAGGUACCGGCCAGCCCAGAAGUCAGACAGCCUUGGGGACAGUGGCUCGCACAACAGCCUGCACAGCACGCCGGAGCAGGCCGCGGCCGCGCAGAGCCAGCACCACCAGCAGUACAUCGAUGUCUCCCACGUCUUCCCAGAGUUCCCAGCACCUGACCUGGGCGGCCUCUUGCUUCAGGACAGCAUCACGCUGCAAGACGUCAAGGCCCUGCAGCUGGCCUACCGGCAGCACUGCGAGGCAACUUUGGAUGUCGUGAUGAACCUCCAGUUCCACUACAUCGAGAAGCUGUGGCUUUCCUUCUGGAAUUCUAAAGCCUCCUCCAGCGACAGCCCUGCCUCUCUACCAGCCAGUGACGAGGACCCCAAAGCAGUCAUCCUCCCGAAGGACAAGCUGGUGUCUCUGUGUAAAUGCGACCCCAUCCUUAAGUGGAUGAGGAGCUGUGACCACAUCCUCUACCAGGCCCUGGUGGAGGUCCUCAUCCCCGACGUGCUGCGGCCGGUGCCCAGCACCUUGACACAGGCCAUUCGCAACUUCGCCAAGAGCCUGGAAGGCUGGCUGACGAACGCCAUGCGAGACUUCCCACAGCAGGUCAUCCAGACCAAGGUUGGUGUGGUCAGCGCCUUCGCCCAGACCCUGCGGAGAUACACGUCCCUCAAUCACCUGGCGCAGGCGGCCCGGGCCGUGCUUCAGAACACUUCCCAGAUCAACCAGAUGCUCAGUGACCUCAACCGCGUGGACUUCGCCAACGUGCAGGAGCAGGCCUCAUGGGUGUGUCAGUGCAAGGAGAGCGUGGUGCAGCAGCUGGAGCAGGACUUCAAGCUGACCCUGCAGCAGCAGAGCUCCCUGGACCAAUGGGCCAGCUGGCUCGACAAUGUGGUCACCCAGGUCCUGAAGCAGCACGCAGGCAGCCCCAGCUUUCCCAAGGCUGCCCGGCAGUUCCUGCUGAAAUGGUCCUUUUAUAGCUCCAUGGUGAUCAGAGACCUCACCCUGCGCAGCGCGGCCAGCUUCGGCUCCUUCCACCUGAUUCGCCUGCUGUAUGAUGAGUACAUGUUCUACCUGGUGGAGCACCGUGUCGCCAAGGCAACUGGGGAGACACCCAUUGCAGUGAUGGGAGAGUUCAGCGACCUCGCCUCCCUGUCGCUGACACUGCUGGACAAAGAUGACGUCAGUGAGGACCGGAGCAAUGAGGCCGACGCAGACGCCCGCAGCCUGGGUGGGCCCCUGGUGAAGCGGGAGCGCAGCGACCCGAACCACUCCCUGUAGGGCCCAGCACUGAGGCCCGUCCUCAGCUCCGCCCAGCCUCCUUGCACUCCACCGCAGUCGUGCCUCCUACACAAAGUGACCUUGACUCUGACUCACGGGGCCCCAGGGCAUGGGCACCCUGGAAGGACACGCUCUUCCUCCCGAAGAAAAACUGCUGUUCACCACAGCCAAAGGCCACACCCAGUUCUGAGAACCUAGAUGGCUCCCCUGGGCAUUGCCCAGAUCUCCUUUUGCUCCAGACCGUCUUAGUCCUCCUGUCUGCUGGCCUGGGGCCUUUGGGCCGCUUCCACACACCCUGUCGACGGCUGGGAGGCCGUGCUGGGUGGGUCGGCACCCCCACAUUGGGCUUCUCCUCCAUUCAGCCUGGUCCAGUUUUCACCAUGAUUUUUAAAACUCAGGCAGAUCCCUGGAAGGAAGGGUGUCUCACAGCUGUUGGGCAGCCCCAAGCUGUCCUUUUCCACAGGGACCCUGCCCUGUGCUGGGAAGGGACCAUCUUCACACUGCACCCCAUGGUCUCUCGUGGACAGACUGUCCUCAGCCUCCUGUCCUGUGCUGACACAGGGAGGCCACCCUGAGGGGUCCCCAGCUCUAGAUGCCAAAGGACCCCACAGCAUGUCCCUGGAUGGCGGGCAGCCCACUGCCCCACAUGGCUCACAGAACAAGUCCCAGAAAUAGGCCUGUUGUGUCUGUAAGAGGUAGCCCCAGAAGUGACCAGCAACAGGGAGGACUGUGGUUCUGUCCCAGGUCACAGCCAACAGGGAGCCAAACCACUGAGUCUGGAAUUCAUCUGUUCUGAGGGGGCCAGGGCAGUCAGUGUUUCAGCGGUGCCCUCAGAGGGCCACCAUCCCGCCAAGUCUAUGCAAAUAGCCAUGCCUGCAGCCUGCUCCACAGGCUCUUCUAGAAGGCCUGCCCUGGAAUUGGCAACAUUGGAGCACCGUGACCCCAGUCAGGUCCCGUCGAACUGUCAAAGCUGAGAUCUUCUCUGGGGACAAACAGACCCAAGGACUUGCACAGCCCUGAACUUUAAACUCCCGGUCUGUGUUCACUGUGACACAUUGCACUCGGUCAGCUCCGUGCGAGAGUUCUAUCCCAAAAGGAACUGCAAAGAAGAAAGAUAAACCUCUAGUCUAGGAUGCGCCAUCAAAUGCAAUGCAAUAGUUUCUCUUUUUGGAAAUAUGUUUAUACCAAUAGUCUUGUGCUCUGGUCUCCAGUCAUUAUUAGAACGUUUCUCAUGUGCAUCGCAGCACAUCUGACGUCCCAGGAUUUUCCUCAUUCAUGUCGAGCAGGGGCUCGGGGCCCACCUCAGCCCUUGCCUGGUGUGCAGAGUGGGGGUUGGGGUGGUAAGAAAGAUGAGUGCUGAUUCUAGAAACCCAAAGUCCACGAUGAUCCCAAUGUCUGUCUGGUCUUAGAGUUCCAGACUGAGGCAGAAGCAGGCAGAGUGUCUUUAAAUACACACCUGCUCUGCUGGAGGGCCCUGAAGCUCACAGUUCAUGGACUGCCAUUGCGCACCUCUUCGCUCCCAGGGCCCGCUGGGUUCUGCCUUAGACUCCAUCUUAUCCUUUGCAGGAUUCCACAGGGAGGACCACAAAUGACAGUGAGGACAGGAGCCUUCUGAGCCCGUUCUCAUUUUUCAUUUCAAUAGACACAUUGAGCGUACCCAUUUAAGGGUCACAAUCCACAUGCCCACUGCCCACACCCCUCCCCCACAGCCAGAGGUCCUGGGGGACAGGCCCUUCCUCCUGCCUGACCCCUGCCCUGGCCUGUGCGGGAGCAGCAACCUCCAGCGCUUCCCCCCCUCCCCCCAGCUCUCUGGGGAGCAAUGGAGAAGGAGCAUGUUCUUCAAGUUCUGCUUAGCAAGGCCAGCCCAGGGCCAAAGAUAGCAAGAAACAAUUCCCAGCCCAGGAUGGUUGAGGCCGUUUGUAAAUAGACUAAAUCCAUUCAGAUAUUACAGAAUAAAUCCACACUCCAGCCUCUGAAGCAGCCUACCACUGGCUCCCAAGGUUUACUCCAUAGAGCGAGUGGCAGGGGCCAAAGUCCAGAAUUCUCAGGACCAAGGCUAGAGCUUGUUCCAAAUCACCAAUCCCUGGGCCCAGCCACAGAAAGCCUGCCUCUUAGAACUGGGGUGGGGGCUGGGAGUCCACAGUGUGACCACCCGUUCCCAGGGGACCACAGGACCUUG